GGGAAAAAAAAAGCCUAGACGUGGGCAUGCGCAGUGUGCUGUCAAGAAAGGACGAAGGAGUGGUAUUGACGGAUGUUCGUGAUCCAUCGACAUGUCCUUCAGAUUGGCGGUACGCCAUACCUGCCGUGUGAUGACGUAACGGAAGAUGAAAAUAUAUACUGGGAUCGUAACCAAGUGCUGGCGGAGACCUUUGAUGCGCAAAGGUAGGCGCCUCUUCGCUCCACUGACCUGCGACACCGAUCGCACGCACCGUCGCCUCGUUGCUCAUUGAUGUUCUCUGCCAGCUGCGCGGGAAGUGACGAGCAUGUCAGUGGUAGUUCUCAUUGGAUACCUGAUGGCGCUGCUGCGAUUUACCGACGGGCGGGCGCGCUUGCUGGAACCGCCGAUGAGAUCGAGUUACUGGCGGGAGGGAGUUCCAUCCGCUGCAGCCAACUACGACGACGAGCUCUUGAACUGUGGAGGUUUCGAACCCUAUUUCCCGGCCGUGCGGGCAGUUUCAGUGGCAGACGGCUGGAGGCAAGUGUGGCGCGUGUGGGACGCUGUUGACGGUUUCCGGGAGAACGAGUACCCAGGGAAGUACUCGCAGUUCUCGCCACUCCGGACUUACUUCACUGGCACUUACAUCAACGCCACUGUAUACUCGCGGCCCAACAUGCUCGGGUGGUUCGAGUUUCGACUGUGCACGCGCCGAGACGGCCCGGAUGUGCCCGACCUGCAAAAAUGUUUGGACGAGCACGUUCUGCAGAUCGAGGAGACGGGUAUGACCCGCUACUACCCGGGUAGCCUGGGUGGUUAUAGCGACAUGCACGUUCUUCUUCCACCCGGAGUUUCGUGCGACCAUUGCAUCCUUCAGUGGAAAUACAACACAGGUUACCGCAACACCCGGGAAAAAACCACUUGCAGCGAUUGCCUGGGCUGCGGGCCUCAGGAACAAUACUACAACUGCGCCGACAUCAGAAUCGCCUCCAGCAAAGACAAUGCGACGGCCACGCCCAUGCAGACAACCCCUGCUCAGCAUCCGGUCCCGACCACGUCGGUUCCUGCGCAGAAGCCGACUCCCCCAACCGGCGGGACGGUCCCCUCGACCCCUGACCCCUCCAGCCUUGAGGCGUGCACGCCUUCCGCCAAGCUGGUGCAAUGCGAAGCAAAGGGCAUGCAUCGACUGGUACCCGGGAUGGGUGACUGGUGCCUGAAGAACUGUCAGUCCGGCAAGUGCAGGGAGGAAUUUUGCUCGUGCUUCUGCCAAUAUCCAGAGGGGUACAAGAUCCUCAUAGACCCAGUGGUAUUCAACAGAGUAAUGGCCAGUCCUUCACUUUCCAUCGGAAUUCCAUCUUCAACCAUUCAGAAAAGACUCUGUUACAAGCCUCAAGACACUUGGAAUCACACCCCUGGUAUGGAGGGAUGGUGCCAAAUGUUCUGUCCAGGAAGAUGGUGCGCAGAUAUGUGCCAAUUGAGAAUAUGCUAGAUAUGAUGACGAUGAAAUGGUCGGUACUUUACUUGGCAGUUUGACGGUUUGUUGAAAAAGAGCUUUAUAGCAAAUUUUGUCCCACUAUGUCAAGAAAGACUAAGUUUCUGAGUAGCUAGCCGGCUGAGUGGCAAAAGUAGAGCUGCGAAGACAGUAGACAGGUUUUGUAUGUGGCGAAACAUGAUUUCUGCAGACCUUUCACAGAUUGUUCACAUAUUUCGAAAAAACAACGGUUAAUAUAUAGCAGACGAGGAUUUCGGAGGACCUGCUACUGAGCUGGUGCAAUGAGUGGCCAAAUGUAGUCAAAGAAAGACUUUUCAAGAUGUGGAUGACAAACAUUAUGUCUGGAGGUAGAACCAGCCAGUACAUCCAUUUUCUGGCUGAACUCCGAACUUUCUAAGGUUAUCAACCUAUUAGCCCACCCAUCCCCAACCCAAAAAAUUUCAUUUCGUGUUCAAAGGAAACAUAUGGACUUGUGAACAGGCUGGUUUGAACACAAACAUCAGCAACGAUAUAUAAAAAACGUGCAAUCCAUAUUCGAAGGCAAAAGUAAUAUGUAUGAUUAUUUACCUACUUUCUUCAUCUCGCUGCGUCAUCCUGUGUGCUCCGUGCGGUGGUCCUUUGGUGAUCAGCAGCAUCUUGUACCUGCUCAGCACAAGCACCAUCAGGUCUGCAAAUACCUUUUCGCUCAAUUUCCAGUUGUGUAGAGGCUGUUUUUUUUUUUUUGUUUUUUUAAGCUGACGUGAAUGGAUGUGUAUUUCUAUUUUUCUGGAAGCAGUGCACACAGAUACUGCAAUCAGUGGAGACAAAUAUUGCGAGUAGUAUAGCCAACGGAGUGCUUUUUAUAUGAAUGCUCAGAAUGGAGACAACGCAGUAAUGAUAAGACAAUAUUUACACUUUCCAGCACAGCCCGUGUCAGCAGUCGCGACGAAAGAAUUUGUGAAUUAUCACUUACUUUGUCGGCUGACCGAUGUUUUUUUUUCCCCAUGCUUUGGGACUUAGUAGGUACAUCAACUACCAUUGUUUGUGCUGGGAUUUGAAAGAAAGAAAGAGUGCCCACGUCUGCGAAUGUGUGUGUGUGUGUGUGUGUGUUUGUCAGUGUGUGUGUGUGCAUUUAUGCGAGUGAAAAUGCUUGUGCGUGUGUGUGUGUUUCACAUAAUAAAUCGUACAAAAAGUAUUGUACAAACAUCCGUUUUCACAUAAACCAGUCAUUUUUCAAACACAAAAACAUGACUGCUCUCUGGCACCUGAUAAAAACAAGAGGCGUCAAUGGCUUCUUUGCACCACGAGGUUACUUCCCUUUCUCCUCUAAACACCUGCUCUGUUAUCCAGGUGACACUUUGCCAUGUUGCCUGGAGGCAUAUGUUACUAAGGUUUGUCACAGAACACUCGUUGGUCUGGUUUGUUUCUAUCUCUUGUUGUUAUUGUCUGCUGUAGUUGCUGCUGCUGGUAUAGACUCGCUGUCUAUGUCAUUCUAAACUUGAGGCUGUCUACACUGUCUAUGGCUGCGAGUAGACGAUCGCAGCGUUUUCGGAGAGGUUGACGGCUAUAAAAUCCCCUAGACACGCGCGUGACUUCAUAAGGUCACGCACAUGGGAGGCAGCGCACGCGACUCGCCGUGACACCUGUCCAAACUGUCUAACUUCCAGGUAGUUACGUCACGACGCAUACAUUGGCACGUCACUUUUCGACGCACACCCACGACGUCUGUCGUAAGAUUGGUGUCCGGACCCCGAUGUCACGUGAACCGUCCCGGACAUUUGCACGACCGAUUAUGGGAGCACCUUAGGCUAUCCCCGCUUGUUUCGUGACAGUUUUCAGUCUAGUCUGACUAGUCUGUCUAGUCUGAUCGUGAGGCUAGCAACCGCCUGAGCGCCUAAUGUGCGUUACUACUGUAGCCAACCAUGUUGCUAGUGCGGCAAACAUUUCUCCCAAAGAUGAAAGAAAUGUUUGAUAUUUUAU